UAAGAUGUUUACGAAACUGACGUCACCAAAAAAGGAAAAUGAAAAACCAAAUGAAGUGCUAGACUGCUAGCGCUAGCCGCUAGGUAAAAUUUCUCAACAAAGAAGCUAAGCAUAAGCAAGCAGCCAGCCAAGUCGAACGCUCUCUUCGUGAACCAGUAAUUAUCGCCACCUUUUUGAGUUUCGAGUUCACCCAGCUCGAGUUGCGGCUCUCCCCAGUUUGAGGAGAGAUGAGUAAGAAAAAGAACCCUUUGGUAUUCUUAGAUGUGUCAGUUGAUGGAGAUCCAGUGGAAAGAAUUAUUAUUGAGCUUUUUGCAGAUGUUGUUCCUAAGACAGCUGAGAAUUUCCGGGCACUCUGUACAGGUGAAAAGGGCGUUGGCAAAUCUACUGGGAAGCCAUUGCACUAUAAAGGAUCAUUUCUUCAUCGAAUAAUCAAAGGAUUCAUGGCCCAAGGUGGUGACUUUUCAAAGGGAAAUGGCACUGGUGGAGAAAGUAUAUAUGGAGGGAAGCUUGUAGAUGAGAAUUUUAAACUGGCUCAUGAUGGACCUGGUGUUCUCUCUAUGGCGAACAGUGGUCCAAACACAAAUGGAUCUCAAUUCUUUAUAACAUUCAAGCGCCAACCACAUCUUGAUGGGAAGCACGUUGUUUUUGGAAAGGUAAUCAAGGGAAUGGAUGUUUUGAAGAAAAUUGAGCAAGUAGGAACAGGUGAUGGGAAGCCUGCAAAACCUGUAAAAAUAUCAGACUGUGGUGAAACCUCCAAAAGUAAAAUUCAGGAUGCUGUUGGGAAAGCAAAAGGAAAAGGGAAGAAAUCAGGAAAAGUUCCUUCUUCAGAUAGUUCUGAUGGGCAAGCUAGAGGAAGAGGCAAAAACUCUCUGAAGGAUAGAAGGAAAAAAAGAAAGAGGAGAUAUUCUUCAUCUGAUUCAUACAGCUCUGACUCUUAUUCUGAUUCCUAUUCUUCAGAUUCAGAUACUGAUGUCUCUGCAUCUGAGUCAAGUUCCUCUAGUGAUGGAAGAAGGCACAGGAGAAGGAGGUCAGCAAAAAGAAAUAAGCAGCAACGUGGGAAUAAGAGGAAGGAUGGGCGAAGAGAGAGGAAAAGAGGUCGGCAAGAAAAACGAUCAAAGCGCAAAUCCAAAUGGAGUUCAGGUAGUUCAAGUGACACUGAGAGUGAGAGUACAAGCACUAGCAGUGGCAGUGAUGAUGAAAAGGCUGGCAGUCGUCGUGUUUCUACUCAUGCUAAUCGUAUUCCCAAAGAUGCUGAAAAUGAAUCACCACAGAACCUUGAUGCGGAGAAGAAUCAGCCAAGCCGACUUUUUGGGAAAGAUGCUAAUGCAGGACAAGGAAGGAAAAAUGAGUUGAAGGUGAUUGAGGACGACACAUCCCAUGAAGAAGGUGAAUUGUCACCGAAAGGUGUGGAUGUUCCGAACAAUGGUCAUGGCAAUAAGGCUGCUAAUCAACGUAACUAUCUAGAUGGCUCAGACAGAUCAAGUGUAAGUCCAACCCUUAAGCGGAGGCCAAACAACCAUAGAAGCAGCCAAAGCAUGAGUCCUUCCAGGAAAUCUGUUCUGCAGAACCGGGAAAGGACUUCACGUAGUCCACUGGGUAGUCCUGCAAGGAAAGCCUCUGCAUCUAAGCAAGGACAUAUUUCCUCAAGAAGUCCAUCUCCAGGUGGCGCGUCAAAGCGCAUAAGAAAAGGUCGUGGCUUUACUGACCGCUAUUCCUUUGCACGUCGAUACCGUACACCUUCUCCCGAGAGUUCGCCUCAAAGAUCCUACCGUUAUGGUGGAAGAAAUUUUCAAAAAAGAAACCAUGAUAGAUAUUCAAGCUAUAGAAAUCAUUCUGAUCGCUCCCCCAGCAGACGUUAUAGAAGCCCUCCAAGAGGCCGUAGUCCCCACAGAUAUGAACGCAGAAGUAGAAGUAGGAGUGUUUCUCGCAGCCCAGUUGGUUAUCGGGGGCGAUAUAGAGAUCAUAGUCAUAGCCAGAGUCCUAUUCGAAGUCCUACUCCUAGAGAUAAACGACCUGCCAUAAGUGAGGGGUUAAAAUCUCGUCUUGGUCCUCGAAUGGAUGAUCAACACUCCCCAUACAAAGACAGAUCAAAGUCCAGGUCCUCUAGGUCAAGGAGUCGUGGUUCCUCUCAUUCUAGAUCUCCAACUAUCUCAACACCAAGACGUCGGAACAGAAAAUCAUCUUCUCCUAGCAUGUCAAAAUCUAGCUCACCUUCUGGACAGAGAGGAUUGGUGUCUUACGGAGACUAAAUCUAAUUGAUCAGGCUAAGAAGCCUAGUUGUCUUAAUUGCAUUCGGUUUGCAACACCAGUUGAAGAGUGUGGGAGGGCAUGCCAUUUUAUAUGCAGUUAUCAGUUUUCAGAUAUAAUCAGAUUGUCGUCGAUUUAGAGUUGCAAAAUAGUUUUAUUUAUCUUUGAACAUGGAAAUAGACUUCAAGAGCUUUUGCCUGAAACAGCAAGAGAUGCAUACUUGGCGAUGCAUAUGCUAAGUAGGUUUGAAACUUUAAUGUUGCAUUUCAGAACUGCAAUUGUUUUCUAUCGUGAUUUCCAGUGUCAGUGGCCAUCAAAUAAUUAAACUUUGUUUCUGUGGUAUUUUCUUA